UUUUCUUCAAAGUGAUGUUGUGAGGUUCAUGAAAUAGUUUUUUAUGAACAUAAGUGUAUUGGGAAACGUUUCGUUUGUUUAUUGCUAAAACAGUGUUCACAAAGCACGUUCUGUGAUAACAUAAGAUCCAGUUCAAGAUAAAGUGCUCUGGGAUUGUUUGAUCUGGGCUUCCAUUGUUCAACUGACGACAUGUGUUCCUACCUAAUAUAUAGAUAACUAAUCAUCAAUAGUACAGGAAGCCAGCAACAGGCUUCAUCUACCCAAGAGCAAAAAUAUUGAUCACCAUCCAAGUGUUAAUUAUUCCUCCUUUCACUGGAUAUUUGCGCCCAAAAUUCUGCAGACAUCACACUCGAAGUGUGAACUAAUUUCAUCUACACCCUGACUGAAUCUCGAAACAUGGCUGUGAACGGGAAUCAUUCCAGCUCUUCGGGUCGAUCGACCCCAAAGGAGUCCCAAGGCAUGGGCAGCGAACCAGCCCCAGGCAAACUGUUUGUGGGAGGCCUCAGCUGGCAGACAUCGCUAGAGAAGCUCAGGGAAUACUUCGGAAUGUUUGGAACGAUAACAGACGUGUUGAUAAUGAAAGAUCCUAUAACGCAGAGGAGUCGUGGUUUUGGCUUCAUCUCAUUUGCUGAUCCAAACAGCGUAGACAACGUUCUCAAAGUCCCUAUUCACACAUUAGAUGGUAAGAAGAUAGAUCCAAAACAUGCCACUCCGAAAAAUCGACCCAAAACAUCAAAUAAAACUAAGAAAAUAUUUGUCGGUGGAGUCAGCCAAAACACAUCCACGGAAGACGUGCGUGCUUAUUUCAAUCAGUUCGGCAAAGUUGAAGAAACGGUUAUGUUGAUGGAUCAGCAAACGAAACGGCAUCGUGGCUUUGGCUUUGUCACUUUCGAAAACGAAGAUGUAGUAGACAGAGUUUGUGAAAUACAUUUCCAUACAAUAGAAAACAAAAAAGUCGAAUGCAAAAAGGCACAGCCCAAAGAAGCUGUCCAACCAGCAGCAGCUACUGCUGCAGCUCAGUACUUAGAUAAACGGUUGGUACUUGGAGGACUCGGCGUGCGUAUGGCUGCCACGAAUGGACUAGUUGCAGGAGCUGCACCCUUAGCUGUGGCACAAGCCCAGGUGCAAGCACAAGUAGCCGCAGCCCAACAAGUUCAGAAUGCGGCUUAUGGUAAACUAUUCAGCGCGUAUCCCGCCCUGGCAGGGUACAGGUAUACACCUUACCCGAUUCCAACCGCCGUUGCCGCUCCCGCAUCGACACCUGCUGCAACCUGUCCAGCGGCUCUGGCGCCGCCCGUGGCUGCAGCACCUUACCAGGGCUACAGCUUAUCCAACGUCGACAUGUCCAGUUUCCAGGGCGUCGACUGGGGCUCAAUGUACGGUAUGGGUAUGUACGUGUGAAUCGUGUGCGAUUGCGAUGCUAGAAAAUCAACUCUCGGAUGAUAUCCUUGCUGUUGAUUUGAAUUCAGCGCGUAAUGAAGGGGGCUGAUUUUGUAGGUGCCAGCCCUCAGGACUUCCAUAAUACGUUUACUUUUUCUCAUUCUCUGUAC